CUAAUAAAUUCACACUACAAAUGUCUCACGACUUCGAUCUGUGGUUUCGAUUUUUGUAGCCCACAUUCAACGGAAGGUAGCAAAUGGCAGUGGGAACUAAAUGGCUCAGAAUAAACUACGAAAGAAAGCCGUGGUGGGGACUGGGGAUUAUAGCUAAUGGGAGACGACGUCAAUCAGAAAUCUUUCAAUCUCCAAAUGAUGGCCUGUAGGCCAAAAUGCCAGCACCUAUUUUCUCAACCGCACACACGGCCCGGACUAUCCACUUUCAAAUAUUCUUGCCCGAGCCCGGAGGCCAUAAUAUGGCCAUGCUACGAUAAUUUCAUGUCCUACUUCCAAACUUGAACAAAAUGCUUCCUCUCUCAUCUUAUAUGCUUUCUUGCCUUUGUUUCUACACGGUGCUUCUUCUUGGCAGCUUGUUUCUUUUGUAUCUUGGAUUCUUUAAGAUGCUAGGGUAUCGUAACCGGAUUGCAGAGGCUGAUAUCCCACCGGGUAGUUGUGGAUUGCCGUUGAUCGGAGAGACCAUACAGUUCAUGGCAGCCAUGAAUAAUGGCAGAGGUUUUUACGACUUCGUCCGAGCUCGCCGUCUAAGGUAUGGGAAUUGCUUCAAGACCAACAUCCUUGGACUGGCACAAGUUUUUGUUUCAAGCACAGAAUCGGCUAAGAUAAUCUUAAAUAAUGAAUCGGGAAAAUUCACGAAGAGAUACAUAAAAUCAAUCGCAGAGCUUGUGGGAGAUCAAAGCCUGCUAUGCGCUUCUCAUGGACACCACAAACUCAUCCGUAGCUGUUUGACACAUUUAUUCUCAACAAGUUCCAUUUCUGUUUUUAUCAAACAGUUCGAUGAACUGGUUGUGAAAAGUCUUGGCACCUGGCAAGUUGGGGACACAAUAGUUGUUCUUGACCAGGCAACCGAGAUAACCUUCAAAGCCAUGUGCAGGAUGUUGAUGAGCUUAGAGGAUGAGCCGAAACUACAAAUGCUGCAAGAGGACAUAACUCAUGUCUGUGAAGCAAUGCUCGCAUUCCCUGUAAGGUUUCCUUGGACUAGAUUUUACAAAGGCCUUAAGGCCAGGAAAAGGAUUAUGAGCACACUGGAUUUGAUCAUGACUGAAAGAAGAAGAUGCUCACAAGGCAAUCAAAAAGAUUUUAUGCAAUGCCUAUUGGUAGAAGAUGAAAAGCCAGGUUCUGAUGAGGCCUAUACGAUGACAGACACAGAGAUAAAAGACAACAUUUUGACCAUGAUUAUUGCAGGUCAGGAUACAACUGCAAGUGCAAUCACAUGGAUGGUCAAGUAUCUAGGAGAAAAUCAAGAUGUUCUAGACACCCUUAGAGCAGAGCAACUUCACCUUGCAGAAAAAAUUUCACCAGGGCCAUUUCUCACACUGGAAGAUCUUGCUGAGAUGCCAUACGCUUCUAAGGUAGUCAAAGAAUCAUUAAGGAUGGCAUCUAUAGUACCUUGGUUUCCAAGAUUAGCACUUCAAGAUUGUGAGAUUGAAGGAUUUAAGAUAAAGAAAGGGUGGAACAUUAAUGUUGAUGUUAAAUCAAUACACCUUGACCCUAAUCUUUACAAUGGCCCCAAUAAGUUCAAUCCUACAAGGUUUAAUGAUGACUCAAAGCCAUACAGCUUCUUAGCAUUUGGGAUGGGAGCAAGAACCUGCCUGGGAAUGAACAUGGCUAAAGCCAUGAUGCUUGUCUUCCUUCAUCGUCUGAUCACAACAUACAAGUGGAAGGUGAUAGACUCAGAUUCAAGUAUUGAGAAAUGGGCAUUGUUCUCCAGAUUAAAAAGUGGCUGUCCGGUUCAAGUAACUCGUAUUGAUAAUAGAAAGGAUGAUACCUCUGCGUAUGGCUCGCAUUAAACAAACAAUGAGAAAAACAUGGUUUGUAUAAGCUGCCUAAAAGGGAACAAAAUGAAGGCUUCGUGUUCAUAGUUUAUUGGGUGAUCAUUACUGGUUGAAGUAAGAAUCAGGCAGCAUUAUUUCCUAAUUCUUGAUAAAGUUCUAGUCUAAAAGCUUUGCUUUCAUGGCAUGUAUAAAUGGCAAGCAAAGGGGAAUUAUAAUCAGUCAGAAAUUUGGAAUUUGUAUAAGCCUUCCUUUGCGUCGCUCCUUUCUGAUACACUCAUGAUACCUGUUGAUGAACAAGCAGCACACAGGAAUGUCAAAUAACAUUUGCAAUUCAAUCAUGAGAUA